AUAGAGCUUCGGGUUACAGUCUACCAGUGAAGACGAUUCUUGUUGACAACAGUUUUAGAUAUUUAUUAUAAGGCAUUGUGAGGCAGGUGAAAAGUCACGGUAGCUGCAGAAGAGGUUGUAUAUUUCUACCAGGCCAGUGACACCGGACCGUAGAAGAAGAAGAAUUAGUCGCGCAGACAUGUAGCGUUUACUGCGCGGUCAGCUGACCCGUUUGCUAAAGUCCACCUUUACGUGCUUUCUGAAGCUCUAAAAUACUGCCGGGUUUAUCUCCACCCGAUCAAAUAUCUCCGCUGAAUCCGGGUGGAUUCGAGCAGUUGCAGACCCAUUUCAGUGCUUCGUUUUCUGGCCAGGGUUUUAGGGAAGGAUGUGGUCAGGCUGGCUCUUGAUCAGUGCAGCAUUCUGGACCACUUUCAGUCAGGUUUUUGUAAAUGGCUCUUCUUGGAGUCUCAAAUCAUAUGUUGAGAGUGAUGCAGGUUUUAAGAAUGGAGAAUGAAGGGGAAGUGAAAACUGAAGAGGGAAAUUCUGAGUCGGCUCCUCCAGCCCAGCGGCUGUGUCGCUUCUUCUCCCAAGGACGGCACUGUAAUUACGGCAAGAGAUGCAGAUUUCUGCAUGUAAGAGAAGAUGGACCAGACCCUGAGAGGAAAGCUGCCGAGUCGCCCACCCAGCUUGAUGUCACUCUCUCGGGCUCUCAGAACUCCGGUCAACUUAAGGGAGACAAUUCGCCCAUCACCCACAACCCGAAGUUUUCCUCAGCCUCCGCCCGCCGCCCCUGUCGCUACUUUCUCUCAGGGCACUGCACCAUGGAGGACCGAUGUCGCUUCUGGCACCCGCCGCAGUUACCGACGGUGGAAGACCCGUCUGUCACCGCUGUUCAGAGGAAAGCCACGCCGUGCCGCCCUCCAGUGUCCGCCCCCGGCGGCCCGCAGGAGGUGAAGCUGUGCGACAUGACUGAGGACAAGGCCCAGCAGCUGCGAGACACCGAGAUCCAGCAGCUGAAGAAGCGUUUCCCCAAAGAUCAGCUGAUCAUCCAGGAGAGAAGCGACGGAAAACUGACGUAUUACAGGGUGACUGUAGAGGCCACGGAUCCAGACUGGCCUUUCGACCUGAAAGAAGUUGACGUCAUGGUCAGCUUCCCAGACAACUACCCCCUGGAGAUUUUCACAUUAGAGAUACCAUUGGACCAGGACUUACCACCAGUCAUGGCAAAGCAUGUGCAGCAAGCAUCGUUGGAGUGGCUCCAGGCGAAGCAUGCUACCAAUCAGCUGCUGGGAAAGGUGGAGCUGCUCUUCAGGCCUUUUCUUCGCUGGCUGGAUCGGAGCUUGGAGAGACUGUUCACCGCAGGAGCGCGACAGCUUAAGAAGGACAUUGAUUUAGAAAAAGCCGGCCUGCAGUUUAUACCAUACCAGGAGCUAAAGGUUUCGGUGACCGACGCCUCUGACACUGUUUCUGGUGUGGCUGCUGACGAGGAUUUCCGUGACACGACCGAUAAGACGGAAGAUGCGGAGCCAGAGGAAGAAGAGCGGUCGGUGCAGCAGGAUGAGCGCGAUGAAGGUCAGGUGCAGGAGGAAGAUGCGAGCCACCUGGUGGAGAACAUUAAAAUCAGCGACCCCCGCAGAGGCACGGAGGUCAAGCUGCUUGGCCUCAGGCUGGGGGAGAACACCGCCACCGUUAUCGCCCAACAGAUCACCGUUUGUCUGCAGUGCAAUAGGUGUAAGGUGACUGCAGAUCUGACUCUCAGUGGAAGGACGGCCUGCUCAGCUCAGUGUGAGAAGUGCAACGCGGACAUAAACGCUGCGUUCAGGCCGUGCAUGAUCCACCAUUACAGCGACGUUCUGGGAUACCUGGACCUUCACAACGCCACGGCGUCUGACCUGGUACUUCAGGACUGCAGCCUGACUGUGGGGUGCCUUAGCUGCUCUCAGGAGGUCCCCGUGGAGAACGUUUUCUACGGACAAACAAAGGAGUUCAACUGCGAGAGCUGCCACAGCAAACUCAGCAUCCUGGCCGAGAGCACGAGGUUCCAGUACAUUCAGCCUCGCACCUCCAGCAAAACAGGUCCGAGUGCCGUCGCCUACAAAACGAUCAGAGACCCAGCUGUGCAGAAAGGGAAGCCGCUGCCCGAUAAAGGAACAUGCAAACAUUACAAACAGAGCCAUCGCUGGCUCAGGUUUCCCUGCUGCGGCCGGGCGUAUGCCUGUGAUGUGUGCCAUGACGAGAACCAGGACCACCCCAUGGAACUCGCCACCAGGAUGAUCUGUGGGUUUUGUGCCAAAGAACAGCCGUACGGUAAUGGGAAACCUUGCACCAGCUGCGGGAGCAUGAUGACGAGGGGGACGCGCACCAGCCACUGGGAGGGAGGGCUGGGAUGUAGAAAUAAAGUCAAAAUGUGCAGAAACGAUCGACAGAAAUACGCCAACACCAACAAAACGGUUUCGAGGAAGGCGGCCAGCGAGAAGAAGUAAUUCCUGAACAACGGUUGUUGUGUCUUCUUAACGUGGCGAAGAAACGGCUUGAUUCGUGAACCCGAACGGUUUUAAUCAUACUGCUGUCCUCUCACAAUAAAUCAUAUUCUAUUGAUUA